AAAAAAACAAAAAAAAACCUCAUCAAUACACUUUUUUUUUUGAAGAAAAAUAAAAUAUACAUCAUGUCUUCUCGUUUAGCAAAACAAUCGUUAGAUUUAUUAUUAUCGACCACAAAGAAAUCAGAUACCCAAUUUAAUGAUAAAAAAGCAGUUAAAGUUAAAUUACCAAAGACAAAUAAAGGGGUUAAAAAAGCUAAAUAUGAAAUUCGCUAUGGAAGACAUCAAAAGACAAAAGCAUUAAAAGAGAAAUUAGAGAAAAGAGAAAAUCCAGUUGAUAAAUUGAAUGAAAUAGAGCUAUCCAUUGAUGAGAAAUUAAAACGUAAUGUGCAGAUCAUGCAACGAGCUUUGAGAUCAAGUCCAUUGGAGAAAAAGAUUUAUAAAAAGAUUAUUAAAGAGAAGAAUGCAAGAAAAACUAAAAAAUGGUCAAAUAAAGUUCAUGGAUCUGAUCAAGAUACUGAUGAGGAUAGCGAUUAGAAUGUAAAUAUGUAAUAUUUGGUUAAAAAUAAAUAAAUAAAUUGAUUAUCCGCGCUUACACAAAAUUGAUUACAUUUGCACUCCUUGUGCAGUUCUUGUUUUAAUUCAUAUUAUACAUACACACCAUUUCCCCCCUUUUUUUCUACUUGUUGUUAUAUUGAAAUUUUUUAAUUUCUUUUUAUUUUAUUUUUUUAUUUUAUUUUCUUUUAUUUUAUUUUUUUAUUAUUAUUUAUUUAAAUAUGUCUGGUAAGAAUAAGC